AUGGAGCAGGCGGCGCGCGUCUACGAUGCAGCAGCAUGGUGCCUCGGGCGCCCGCGCCAACAGCUCAACUUCAAGGAAUGUGAAUCGGUCAAGGAGGCGCAGUUCCUGGCCUGCUUCGGCAACCUCUUCAGCAUCGAGCAGCGAUGCUGCCACCGCCAGCUUCAGUGCCGCCUCACCAUUGCGGAGGCGGACGAACGGGCCAUGGAGGCGUGGCACGCCACUUUCCCACAGGAUGUCCUCGAUGAGCAAGCCUUCUGCGCGGCAAAGAAGGUGGAGCGCAAGGAGGAGACAGGCGCCACUCGCCCGUGCAAGAGGUGGAUCGAGGCGCAGUACGUCGGUCCGCAUAAAAUGGAGCAGCUUAGAAGGAAUUUUUCUGGCCUCCCCCCAAUACUCUGGUAA